UCCACCAAGCUGCGCCGUUUUUUCCACUUGUCUUUUUCAGAUCAGCUGUCACUUUGCCCUUUCCCUUCUUUCAUUUUCCUUUGCCCUCUUUUCUUUCCCGCUUUCAUUUCCCGCCUCUCCCCUUUUUCUUCCGCUCUUCCGUUUCCCCCCCGUUUUCUUCUCCUUUGCCCACUUUCUCCCGUUCGCUGGGGCUGGUUCUCAGGCGAACCCCCGCCUCGCAGCUGAAGGCACCAUCUCAUCACAGCAGCUUUCUCAGCGUCGCAGCUCCACCCACCACGACCUCCUCGCAGUCCAAAGGCCAGAGAUUAUUCAUAAACCGUGCAUCGGCGAUAUUGGGCACUUGAGGGAUAAAGGUACCGGUAGUGCAGACAGAUAUAGAGUUAAUGAUGCUUAUCAUUCAGAAAAUUUAGUUUAAACAGAUUGAAAGACAUGGAUUUUAACGAGGUAGAUGAAGAGGAAUUCGGAUUCUCAAGAAACUAUUUCCUGGCUAAAGAACUAGGUAGUUCUGGAAAAAAAUCUGCCCGUAAACUCUCUGAUAUCAAUGUAGUUGAUGAACAGGAACUCAGAGCAGCUGCAGCUAAUAUUGAACCAAAGCAUCAAAAAGACAUUGCAGCUCUAAUAAAAAGUUACAAAUGCUUGUACCCAAAAUGGAUUUUUGAGCUAAGGUGUGGUUUUGGCCUUCUAAUGUUUGGGUUUGGAUCAAAAAAGGCGUUGCUUGAAGAUUUUGCUUCUACAGCUUUGACAGAGUAUUCUGUUGUUGUAAUCAAUGGCUACCUUCAAUCAGUUAAUAUUAAACAGGUUGUAAUAGGCUUGGCUGAGAUUCUAUGGGAACAAUUGAAAUCAAAACGAAGGAAUGCAUCAGGCAACUUGCCUAAGGUUCAACAGCCAUUUAGUUCUCGAUCUAUGGAUGAUCUUUUAGCCUUUUUAGAUGAAUCAGAGAUGGAGUGUGAUAGUUUUAUAUGCAUUGUCAUUCACAAUAUUGAUGGGCCUGGGUUAAGAGAUUCUGAAACUCAACAAUAUCUCGCACAACUUGCUUCUUGUUCUCAUGUUCGUGUUGUUGCCUCUAUUGACCAUGUGAAUGCACCUCUUUUGUGGGACAAGAAGAUGGUUCAUACACAAUUUAACUGGUACUGGUAUCAUGUUCCUACAUUUGCACCAUACAAGGUUGAGGGGCUCUUCUUUCCUAUGAUUCUUGCACAUGGCAGUAGUAACCAGAGUGCCAAAACAGCUGCAAUAGUUUUACAGAGUUUGACACCUAAUGCUCAGAGUGUGUUCAGGAUUCUUGCAGAAUAUCAACUGUCUCAUCCUGAUGAUGAAGGGAUGGCAAUUGAUAAUUUGUACCCAGUCUCUCGAGAGCGUUUCCUUGUCAGUAGCCAGGUUACACUGAAUGCCCACUUGACUGAGUUCAAAGAUCAUGAGCUAGUCAAGACCCGAAGGAAUUCUGAUGGCCAGGAUUGCUUGUAUAUUCCUCUUGCAACUGAGGCCCUUGAAAAGUUAUUAACUGAGAUCGGUUGAUAUAUAUGCUACUUUAGCCACUGACAACACAAGUGGAAGAAUGGAAUUAGAAAGUAAGCAUGCAAGGUCAGCCUUGAAUCAAGUUAAAUCGGGAGACUCUAUCAUGGAGGCAACUUAGUUGUCUUUUGCAUGACCAAAUCUUAUAAAGACAUCUGCAAUGCCUCUUCAGUUUGUUAUGGCUCAAAUUUUGUCUACACCACAUGCUGAUGCUUUUUAAACUUAAGCAAAAUCUAACUGAUUCAGUGGGAGCUAAAGCUAAACUUUUGGCCGGGAAUGAAUAUGUAUUGUGUGCUCUUUAAAUGCCCUUGUAUUUAUUCAGAUCUCUGCUAAUGUGGAGGUUUUUCUGCUUAUGACUGCCAUCCUGUUACUGGGUAAUACUUCCAGCACUGCAUAUCGAUGGAUCAUCUGAUCAACAGAAUUCUUUUCUUGAUGUUACUACUUUUCAUGUUGUGUGAUCUCCUUUGUAAUUGGUACUUGAGAAUUUUUCCUUAGGGGUGAAUCUUUCUUCUGCUUCAAGAGAAAAUGUAUGCUUUACAAUGCCUAAAUGUUCUGUUAAGCAGCGUUUCAAAUAGGUCAUUGCUGGAACGAGAUUUUGUUUCAAUGAUUCAUAUUAAAUCCAAGGGGAAGUACCUUUAUA